AUGGCGGGAAGCGACAGCAACUCGAGCUCAAAGGUCGAUGUGGUGGAGGUCAGUGGAAGGGAGGUGGAGGCAUCAGGGUCGACAUUCGACACCCCUCUGGGUCGUCGGAUGAGUCCUGUCGAUGACCUCAAGCACCGCCUCUCGCUAUGGGGUGAGUCUAACCUCCAACCAGAUGACAGUGAUGAAGAAGGAUCAGAAUACGAACUUCUCUUAGAUCCCAAUCUGCCCGAGGAGUAUACACGGCCGGCCCUGGGACCUCCCCGUAGCUCAUCAGCCUCGACAUAUUCCGACGAGGAGAAGAUUAUGACUAUCAACAAGGAGGGAGAGGAGGACUCGCCCUACCCCGAAGUCAGGGCUGCCGUCCGGAAUUAUGAUGUCGACGCACCGUGCAACACGGUUCGUGCUUGGACCAUAGGACUGGUUCUUGUCGUCGUUGGCGCCUCCAUGAAUACCUUGUUCUCUCUCCGAAAUCCAGCCAUUGGCCUUGGUGCAUUGAUUGCUCAGAUCAUUGCCUGGCCUAUGGGCCACGGUUGGGCCAAGGUCAUGCCUACCCGGCAGUUCAACACAUUUGGGCUUCGGUGGUCGCUGAAUCCUGGACCUUUCAACAUCAAGGAGCACUCCAUCAUCGUUGUGAUGGCCAGUGUAUCAUUUUCUGUUGCUUAUGCCACUGAUAUUAUCCUGGCUCAGAAAGUGUUUUACAAGCAGGAUUUUGGAAUACCUUUCCAGCUAAUGCUGACCAUAUCAACUCAGUCACUUGGUUAUGGCAUCGCUGGUAUUAUGAGGAAGUUCCUCGUCUACCCUGCGGCCAUGAUCUGGCCUGGAAACCUGGUCUCCGUGACACUGAUGAAUGCCAUGUACGAGGGCAACGAGAACCCGGAUCCCACCGUGCUUGGUGGUAAAAUGCCUCGUUACAGGUGGUUCGGACUCAUUACUCUCGGUGCCUUCGUCUACUACUUCAUUCCUGGCUACCUGGCCCAGUUCUUGAGCACCUUUGCCUUCGCCACUUGGAUUGCUCCGCAGAACCCAGUCGUCAACCAGCUGUUUGGCUAUACAACUGGCUUGUCCCUGGUUCCCAUCACCUUCGACUGGUCGCAGAUCGCGGGUUUUGUUGGCUCGCCUCUGAUUCCACCUUUCCAUGCCAUUGCGAACACCCUUAUUGGAGUCUUCACUUUCUUCAUCAUUGGAGCGUCAGUCUUCCACUACUCUGGUGUCUGGUUCGCCGAGUUCUUGCCCAUGAGCGACUCUAGCACAUACGACAACACGGGUUCGACCUACAACGUGUCGCGGAUCUUGACGCCCGAGUUCACCCUGAACGAACAAGCUUACAGGGAGUACUCGCCUCUCUUCAUCAGCACGACUUUCGCCAUGUCCUACGGCCUGUCGUUUGCUGCUAUUGCUUCCCUCAUCGUGUACACGUAUCUGCACCACGGCAAGAUGAUCUGGGCUCAGUGGAAGAACUCAAAGACCGAGGAGGACGACAUCCACAUGAAGCUGAUGAGGAAGUACCCCGAGGCUCCGACCUGGUGGUACAUGAGCUUGUUCGCUCUGAUGCUUGGCAUCGGCUUCAUCGCCGUGCUCGCAUUCCCCACCAAUCUGACGUGGUGGGCGUUCUUGCUGUCCGUAGCAAUCUCGUUCUGCUUCUCGCUACCGAUUGGAAUCAUCCAAGCCAUCACCAAUAACCAAAUCGGCCUCAACGUCCUGACCGAAUUUGUGUUUGGCUACAUCCAGCCCGGGCGGCCUCUCGCUCUCAUGAUCUUCAAGACAUUUGGGUAUAUCACCAUGAGCCAGGCCCUCAGCUUCGUGGGGGAUCUCAAAUUUGGACACUACAUGAAGAUCCCGCCACGGACUAUGUUCAUGUCUCAGGUGGUCGCAACGACGUUCUCAUGCUUCAUCCAGAUCGCCGUCCUCAACUCUGCACUGGCGGCCAUCCCAGAGGUUUGCACAACGACUCAGCGCGAGCAUUUCACCUGCCCAGGUGGUAAAGUCUUCUUCUCGGCCUCCGUCAUCUGGGGUCUCAUUGGGCCGGCCCGCAUGUUCUCGCCCGGCCAGAUCUACUCAGGUCUCUUCAUCUUCUUCGGCAUCGGCGCCGUCGUGCCCGUCAUCAUCUACUUUGCCGCCAAGAAAUGGCCCAAGUCGCCUGUCAAGUACCUGAUGGCUCCGCUCAUUUUCGGCGGCGCGGGUUCCAUCCCGCCGGCCACACCACUCAACUACCUGACCUGGGGCAUUGUGGGCUUCGUGUUCCAGUACUACAUCCGCAAGCGCUAUUUCGCCUGGUGGAGCCGCCUCAACUUCCUGACGUCUUCUGGUCUCGACCUCGGCCUUGCCCUCAGCACCCUCACCAUCUUCUUCGCCUUCACUCUGAAUAGCAUUGACCCUCCCAGCUGGUGGGGCAACAACGUUAUCACCACCACCAUGGACUUCCAGGACACGGCCAUCCAGACAGUGCUCCCUCAAGGACAAACCUUUGGGCCGGCGAAGUGGACAUGA